GAAAACUCCAUCAUGAAGAGUGGAAUCCUCGAUCGAAGCAGACACAGAUCUCACAGCCAUAGUCAUCGGAGGCACAUCGGAAGAUCCUUAGCCUCACGCAUCAGGCACCUGCCUUUUACAUCGGGAUGUUUAAUCAUUGUGAUCGCAUUUCUUUUGAUAACGGGAUUUCUCAAUUAUCCUACUGCCGACAGGGUAGGGCGUAAAAAAGCGCAAUUUGAGCUGAUUCAGAGGACCAAGAACUAUAACGCUCAUUCCACGAAUGUAGGCGUCGUUAUACCAAAAAUACGCUCAGAUGACGUGCGGUGGCUUUGGACAUACCUCAAGCAACACCGUUCUCAGUAAUGACACCACUGCUUUUAUUUACUCCACUGACAAACGGCCCGAACUGGAUCUACAUCUUGCACAUUCUCGUCGCGGUCGCGAAGUCUCCGCGUACCUCUCCUACGUUAUCGACUACUAUGACAACCUACCCCCAUACUCCAUCUUCAUUCACGCGGACGAGAAGCAACGACACAAUGACUUGUUCGGGCCCAAGACAAGUACAAUACUGCAAAACCUGCGCCCCGAAGCCGUGGAAGCAAAGGGAUACCUGAACCUGCGCUGUAUGCAUUCUCCGGGCUGUCCAAGUCACGUGUCGCCAAACAACCCUACGAAAUCCGACAUUAAAGCCGGCGAUGCCCGGGCACACUUCGCACGAAUAUAUCGGGAGCUCUUUGGAAUGAACGUGGUAGUUCCGGAUCUGAUUGGGGCACCCUGUUGUGCUCAGUUUGCGGUAAGUCGAAACCAAAUUCGGCGACGACCAAAGAGCGAUUAUGUUCACAUGAUGGGUUGGGUGGAUGGGGCAAGUGCGCGGCUAAUAGAUAGUUAUGCCGUUGGUUGGGUUUUUGAAAGCCUAUGGCAUGUGGUGUUUGGUAUGGAAGCAAUUGAGUGA